CGCACACAUUACACCUUUUUGAUUCCAUUUUCCCAAUGCAUAUUAAAUAAAGCGGACGAUCCGAGAAUUCACACUCAUUGGCCACUGCUCUGCUUCUUCGUGUGAGUUGUGACUGCUGAAAAACUCUCAAAAAAAGUUCAGCGAAAAGAAGCAAAGCAGAAGCUGAUAUACAUUUUUGCGCUUCAUUCAGAUGACAAUCUCUGAUAUCGUGGAAGAAGUGGGAUGUAGUAGUGGAAAAGAGAAGACAUCCAAUGUAUCAACAAUAACGGAUUUUGAUGUGGAUAGUCUUUUUGUAGUAGAUGAUGAUGAUGAUUGGGAUGAGGAUGAGGAUUCAGAUGAUAAUUUUGAUGUGGCAUCAAUUAAAGAAUUGGGUGGAGGUUUCUUGAGAAACUUUUGCAAAAAGGCGUCAAGUGGUUUCUUUGAGAAGUAUGGUGUAGUUAACCACCAGAUUAGUUCAUACAAUGACUUCAUCAAGAAUGGAAUCCAAAGGGUGUUCGACUCAGUUGGGGAGAUCCAUGUUGAGCCAAGUUAUGAUCCAUCAAAGAAAGGCGAAGGUUAUUGGAAGCAUGCUUCUGUCAAGUUUGGGAAAGUAACCCUUGAUCGGCCAAAGUUUUGGGCAGGGGAAAAGUUUGCUGUGGAUGGUGAUAAAGAGUACCUGGACUUGUGGCCACGACAUGCCCGCCUUCAGAACAUGACUUAUUCUGCCAGGAUGAUGGUUGAGACUCGUGUUCAGGUGUAUACUGAAAAGCUAGUUAGAAGCGACAAGUUCAAAACUGGGGUAGAACAGUUUGUUGACAAGGAGUGUGUGAUGGAAGAUAAAAGAGAUGUCUUGACUGGCAGAAUCCCUGUGAUGGUGAACUCAGAGUUAUGCUGGAUGAGUGGUGCUGACCAGCCUGAUUGUGAAUUUGAUCAUGGGGGAUACUUCAUAGUCAAAGGAGCUGAAAAGAUCUUCAUUGCACAGGAGCAGAUCUGUUUAAAAAGACUAUGGGUGUCAAACAAUCCCACUUGGAUGGCUGCAUAUCGCUCAGGUGAAAAAAGAAAAAGAGUUUACCUUAAACUGGUUGAGACAUUGAAGCUUGAGCACAUCAAGGGAGAAGAAAAGGCCCUCACUGUGUACUUCCUGGCAGAAAUGCCAAUUUGGAUCUUGUUUUUCGCUCUAGGAGUAUCCUCUGACAGGGAGGUAGUAGAUUUGAUUGAUGUAGAUAUUGAAGAUAAUAAUAUCGUAAGUAUACUAGUAGCUUCAAUACACGAUGCAAAUGAGAAAUGUGAGGAUUUCAGGAAGGGGAAAAAGGCUCUCGUGCAUGUUGACAGACUUAUAAAGAAUUGUAAAUUUCCACCUCAAGAAUCUGUUGGGGAUUGCAUAAAAGAAUACCUGUUCCCUAAUCUUAGUGGUCUCAAGCAGAAGGCUCGCUUCCUAGGGUAUAUGGUAAAGUGCCUCUUGCACUCUUACAUUGGUCGCAGAAAGGUUGACAAUAGAGAUGAUUUUCGAAACAAGAGAUUGGAUCUGGCUGGUGAGCUCCUUGAACGAGAGCUCAGGGCACACAUUAAACAUGCCGAGAGGCGUAUGGUGAGGGCAAUGCAAAGAGAUCUCUGCGGAGAUCGAGAAGUGCAACCAAUUGAGCAAUACUUGGAUGCAUCAAUAAUUACCAAUGGUCUCUCUAGGGCUUUUUCUACUGGUCAUUGGUGUCACCCUUACAAGAGAAUGGAGAGGGUUUCUGGUGUAGUUGCAACUCUUAGACGAACAAAUCCAUUGCAAAUGACUGCUGAUCUGAGGAAAACACGUCAGCAAGUUACAUACACUGGGAAGGUUGGCGAUGCUAGAUACCCACAUCCUUCACACUGGGGAAAGGUGUGUUUUCUAUCCACCCCAGAUGGAGAAAAUUGUGGCCUGGUGAAAAAUUUGGCUAGUAUGGGUCUUAUCAGCACAACUGUUUUGAAGCCACUUCUUGAGACAUUGUUCCGGUGUGGGAUGCAAAAGUUAGUAAAUGAUAGUGCCACCUCACUCCACCGAAAACAGAAGGUACUUCUAGAUGGGGAUUGGGUUGGAGUAUGUGAAGAUUCUGCGUCCUUCGUUUCAAAACUAAGACGUAAGCGCCGCAGGAAUGAAGUACCACACCAGGUUGAAGUUAAGAGAGACGAGCAGCAAGGUGAAGUUCGCAUAUUUUCUGAUGCCGGAAGGAUUAUGCGCCCUCUUCUUGUUGUUUCAAAUCUUAAGAAAAUUAAAGCAUUGAAAGACGUAAUGAAAGGGGAAGAGUAUGGCUUCCAAACUCUUCUGGACAAUGGGAUUAUUGAGCUUAUUGGAUCUGAAGAAGAAGAAGAUUGUCGAAUUGCAUGGGGAGUUGAGUACCUCUUAAAAGCAGAUAAAGAGAAUCCACCUGCUAAAUAUACCCAUUGUGAAUUGGACAUGUCAUUUCUGUUAGGUUUAAGCUGUGGUUUAAUCCCUUUUGCAAAUCAUGAUCAUGCUAGGAGGGUCCUCUAUCAAUCUGAGAAGCACUCUCAGCAGGCAAUUGGAUUUUCAACAAUGAAUCCAAAUAUUAGAGUUGAUACGAAUACACAUCAAUUGUAUUACCCUCAGAGGCCACUUUUCGGGACAAUGUUGUCAGAUUCCCUUGGGAAACCAAAGUCUGCUCUUCACCAGAAGGGAAUGCUUCCACGGCCUGAAUACUACAAUGGUCAAUGUGCUAUUGUUGCAGUGAAUGUUCAUCUUGGUUAUAACCAAGAAGAUUCACUGGUUAUGAAUCGUGCAUCACUGGAGCGCGGAAUGUUUCGAUCGGAGCAUGUCAGGACCUACAAGGCCGACGUGGACAAUAAGGAAAGUAUUGGAAAGAAGCUCAAGGUGGAGGACUCUGUUAACUUUGGGAAAACCCAAAGUAAAAUUGGACGAGUGGACUGCCUAGAUGAUGAUGGUUUUCCAUUCAUUGGGGCAAAUCUCCAGAGUGGAGAUGUCAUAAUUGGGAAAUAUGCUGAAUCAGGUGCUGAUCACAGUAUCAAGUUGAAGCAUACUGAAAGAGGCAUGGUUCAGAAGGUUUUGCUCUCAGCGAAUGACGAAGGGAAGAAUUUUGCUGUUGUAUCUCUAAGACAAGUUCGUUCUCCAUGUCUUGGAGACAAGUUCUCUAGCAUGCAUGGACAAAAGGGUGUCCUUGGAUAUCUGGAGUGUCAGGAGAACUUCCCUUUUACAAUUCAGGGGAUUGUUCCAGAUAUUGUUAUCAAUCCCCAUGCAUUUCCUUCAAGGCAAACACCUGGUCAGCUUCUGGAAGCCGCUUUGGGGAAGGGCAUUGCCCUAGGUGGUGGUAGAAAAUAUGCCACUCCCUUUUCCACUUUAUCGGUUGACGCCAUAGUAGAGCAGCUUCAUCGGAGAGGAUUCUCGAGAUGGGGAAAUGAGAGAGUUUACAACGGCAGGACCGGUGAAAUGGUUCGUUCCCUGAUUUUCAUGUGCCCUACAUUCUACCAACGCCUCACCCAUAUGGCUGAAGACAAGGUGAAGUACCGUAAUACUGGGCCUGUUCAUCCCCUCACUCGUCAACCCGUGGCAGACAGAAAACGCUUUGGUGGAAUUAAAUUUGGUGAGAUGGAACGCGACUGUCUUAUAGCUCAUGGUGCUGCAUCAAAUCUGCAUGAACGUCUUUUCACACUCAGUGACUCCUCCGAGAUGCACAUCUGUGGGAAGUGCGAGAGGAUGGCAAAUGUAAUCCAGAGGUGUGUGCACGGUGGUAAGGUAAGAGGUCCGUUCUGCCGGUUCUGUGAAUCAGUUGAAGAUAUUGUGAAGGUUGAUGUGCCAUAUGGUGCUAAGUUAUUGUGCCAGGAGCUCUUCAGCAUGGGCAUAUCCCUCAAGUUUGACACUGAGCUUUGCUAAUGUCUGAUUAAGUUUCAUUGUCCAGAUUAUACUUGUGAAAGCUGAUAUGUUGGUACAGUUUUUGAUGGCAAACAUUCUUAUUUGUAAAUAGCAUUAUUGAUCGAUCAAGAUUGGGAUCGAACAUACAUGCAUGCUGAUCAUUGGAUUAUCAUUAUAGAUUUAAGUUUAAGAUCGAAA